AUGGGUCCGUAUUUCGCCAGCGCCCUCUCUCCUACCACACUUUCACCAACGCCGUUCUCUGCUCCCUCUGCUCAGUUGCCGCCAACGCUGCGAGAGGUGAUGGCGGGGGGAAAGGGGGGAGAUGGUGCUGCAAAGUCUCUCCCUUGUUCUUGGAUCGCCUGCCAUUACGAUCACAUGUCCAUUACAUAUGCUGGUCCACUCCCUUCCCCCUCUCACAUCACCGCCCUUCCCCCUCUCACAGAACCUCCCUCACCCCUCUCACCUCACCUCCCUUCCCCCUCCCUAGGCACCUUUCUUCCCCCUCUCCCAUCGUUGCAUUCCCCCCAGUCAGAACCUCGCUUCCCCUCUCCGACACCGCCUAUGUCUCGGAGCGUCACCACUAACCCUCUACCCCGCGUGCCUCAACUCCUUUCCUCUUUAUUCGUGCACUUAUCUUGCCCCUCUGACCGCACCGCACCCCCCUUCCAACUCACCCAUCACCUCCUAACCCACUGCCCGCACCCUCUUUUCCCUCUCCACGCACCUUCAUUCCCCCCUUUUGACCUCACCUUCCUUUUCCCCUCCCCUCACCUCUUGCCCCCCUCCCAACACCUUCUCUCCCGUCUCUCAGCACCUCCCUUCCCCCCUCUGAACUCACCUUCAUUUCCCCCUACCCUCACAUCCCAUCCCCCCUCUGACCUCACCACCCUUCCCCCUUCCUCACCUAUCUUCCACCACUCACCUCCCCUCCCUCCACCCUCUCACCUCAUGUCCCUCCCCCCUCCAUCAUCACUGCACCUUCUCCCCACCUCUGUCCUCUCCUCCCUUCCCCCUCUCACAGCUCCUACCUUCCCCCACCCACAGCAUCUCCCUUCCCCCACCCACAGCAUCUCCCUUCCCCCUCUCACAGCUCCUCCCUUCCCCCUCUCACAGCUCCUCCCUUCCCCCACCCACAUCAUCUCCCUUCCCCCUAUCACAGCUCCUCCCUUCCCCCUCUCACAUCUCCUACCUUCCCCCACCCACAGCAUCUCCCUUCCCCCUAUCACAGCUCCUCCCUUCCCCCUAUCACAGCUCCUCCCUUCCCCCUCUCACAGCUCAUACCUUCCCCCACCCACAGCAUCUCCCUUCCCCCUAUCACAGCUCCUCCCUUCCCCCUCUCACAGCUCCUCCCUUCCCCCACCCACAUCAUCUCCCUUCCCCCUAUCACAGCUCCUCCCUUCCCCCUCUCACAGCUCCUCCCUUCCCCCUCUCACAGCUCAUACCUUCCCCCACCCACAGCAUCUCCCUUCCCCCUAUCACAGCUCCUCCCUUCCCCCUCUCACAGCUCCUCCCUUCCCCCACCCACAUCAUCUCCCUUCCCCCUCUCACAGCUCCUCCCUUCCCCCUCUCACAGCUCCUACCUUCCCCCACCCACAGCAUCUCCCUUCCCCCACCCACAGCAUCUCCCUUCCCCCUAUCACAGCUCCUACCUUCCCCCUCUCACAGCUCCUCCCUUCCCCCACCCACAUCAUCUCCCUUCCCCCUAUCACAGCUCCUCCCUUCCCCCUCUCACAGCUCCUCCCUUCCCCCUCUCACAGCUCAUACCUUCCCCCACCCACAGCAUCUCCCUUCCCCCUAUCACAGCUCCUCCCUUCCCCCUCUCACAGCUCCUCCCUUCCCCCACCCACAUCAUCUCCCUUCCCCCUAUCACAGCUCCUCCCUUCCCCCUCUCACAGCUCCUCCCUUCCCCCUCUCACAGCUCAUACCUUCCCCCACCCACAGCAUCUCCCUUCCCCCUAUCACAGCUCCUCCCUUCCCCCUCUCACAGCUCCUCCCUUCCCCCACCCACAUCAUCUCCCUUCCCCCUCUCACAGCUCCUCCCUUCCCCCUCUCACAGCUCCUACCUUCCCCCACCCACAGCAUCUCCCUUCCCCCACCCACAACAUCUCCCUUCCCCCUAUCACAGCUCCUACCUUCCCCCUCUCACAGCUCCUCCCUUCCCCCACCCACAUCAUCUCCCUUCCCCCUAUCACAGCUCCUCCCUUCCCCCUCUCACAGCUCCUCCCUUCCCCCACCCACAGCAUCUCCCUUCCCCCACCCACAGCAUCUCCCUUCCCCCUCUCACAGCUCCUCCCUUCCCCAUCUCACAGCAUCUCCCUUCCCCCACCCACAGCAUCUCCCUUCCCCCUAUCACAGCUCCUCCCUUCCCCCUCUCACAGCUCCUCCCUUCCCCCACCCACAGCAUCUCCCUUCCCCCUCUCACAGCUCCUCCCUUCCCCCACCCACAUCAUCUCCCUUCCCCCUCUCACAGCUCCUCCCUUCCCCCUCUCACAGCUCCUACCUUCCCCCACCCACAGCAUCUCCCUUCCCCCACCCACAGCAUCUCCCUUCCCCCUAUCACAGCUCCUACCUUCCCCCUCUCACAGCUCCUCCCUUCCCCCACCCACAUCAUCUCCCUUCCCCCUAUCACAGCUCCUCCCUUCCCCCUCUCACAGCUCCUCCCUUCCCCCACCCACAGCAUCUCCCUUCCCCCACCCACAGCAUCUCCCUUCCCCCUCUCACAGCUCCUCCCUUCCCCAUCUCACAGCAUCUCCCUUCCCCCACCCACAGCAUCUCCCUUCCCCCUCUCACAGCUCCUCCCUUCCCCCUCUCACAGCUCCUCCCUUCCCCCACCCACAUCAUCUCCCUUCCCCCUAUCACAGCUCCUCCCUUCCCCCUCUCACAGCUCCUCCCUUCCCCCACCCACAGCAUCUCCCUUCCCCCACCCACAGCAUCUCCCUUCCCCCUCUCACAGCUCCUCCCUUCCCCAUCUCACAGCAUCUCCCUUCCCCCACCCACAGCAUCUCCCUUCCCCCUAUCACAGCUCCUCCCUUCCCCCUCUCACAGCUCCUCCCUUCCCCCACCCACAGCAUCUCCCUUCCCCCUCUCACAGCUCCUCCCUUCCCCCACCCACAUCAUCUCCCUUCCCCCUCUCACAGCUCCUCCCUUCCCCCUCUCACAGCUCCUACCUUCCCCCACCCACAGCAUCUCCCUUCCCCCACCCACAGCAUCUCCCUUCCCCCUAUCACAGCUCCUACCUUCCCCCUCUCACAGCUCCUCCCUUCCCCCACCCACAUCAUCUCCCUUCCCCCUAUCACAGCUCCUCCCUUCCCCCUCUCACAGCUCCUCCCUUCCCCCACCCACAGCAUCUCCCUUCCCCCACCCACAGCAUCUCCCUUCCCCCUCUCACAGCUCCUCCCUUCCCCAUCUCACAGCAUCUCCCUUCCCCCACCCACAGCAUCUCCCUUCCCCCUCUCACAGCUCCUCCCUUCCCCCUCUCACAGCUCCUCCCUUCCCCCACCCACAUCAUCUCCCUUCCCCCUAUCACAGCUCCUCCCUUCCCCCUCUCACAGCUCCUCCCUUCCCCCACCCACAGCAUCUCCCUUCCCCCACCCACAGCAUCUCCCUUCCCCCUCUCACAGCUCCUCCCUUCCCCAUCUCACAGCAUCUCCCUUCCCCCACCCACAGCAUCUCCCUUCCCCCUAUCACAGCUCCUCCCUUCCCCCUCUCACAGCUCCUCCCUUCCCCCACCCACAGCAUCUCCCUUCCCCCUCUCACAGCUCCUCCCUUCCCCCACCCACAUCAUCUCCCUUCCCCCUCUCACAGCUCCUCCCUUCCCCCUCUCACAGCUCCUACCUUCCCCCACCCACAGCAUCUCCCUUCCCCCACCCACAGCAUCUCCCUUCCCCCUAUCACAGCUCCUACCUUCCCCCUCUCACAGCUCCUCCCUUCCCCCACCCACAUCAUCUCCCUUCCCCCUAUCACAGCUCCUCCCUUCCCCCUCUCACAGCUCCUCCCUUCCCCCACCCACAGCAUCUCCCUUCCCCCACCCACAGCAUCUCCCUUCCCCCUCUCACAGCUCCUCCCUUCCCCAUCUCACAGCAUCUCCCUUCCCCCACCCACAGCAUCUCCCUUCCCCCUCUCACAGCUCCUCCCUUCCCCCUCUCACAGCUCCUCCCUUCCCCCACCCACAUCAUCUCCCUUCCCCCUAUCACAGCUCCUCCCUUCCCCCUCUCACAGCUCCUCCCUUCCCCCACCCACAGCAUCUCCCUUCCCCCACCCACAGCAUCUCCCUUCCCCCUCUCACAGCUCCUCCCUUCCCCAUCUCACAGCAUCUCCCUUCCCCCACCCACAGCAUCUCCCUUCCCCCUAUCACAGCUCCUCCCUUCCCCCUCUCACAGCUCCUCCCUUCCCCCACCCACAGCAUCUCCCUUCCCCCUCUCACAGCUCCUCCCUUCCCCCACCCACAUCAUCUCCCUUCCCCCUCUCACAGCUCCUCCCUUCCCCCUCUCACAGCUCCUACCUUCCCCCACCCACAGCAUCUCCCUUCCCCCACCCACAGCAUCUCCCUUCCCCCUAUCACAGCUCCUACCUUCCCCCUCUCACAGCUCCUCCCUUCCCCCACCCACAUCAUCUCCCUUCCCCCUAUCACAGCUCCUCCCUUCCCCCUCUCACAGCUCCUCCCUUCCCCCACCCACAGCAUCUCCCUUCCCCCACCCACAGCAUCUCCCUUCCCCCUCUCACAGCUCCUCCCUUCCCCAUCUCACAGCAUCUCCCUUCCCCCACCCACAGCAUCUCCCUUCCCCCUAUCACAGCUCCUCCCUUCCCCCUCUCACAGCUCCUCCCUUCCCCCACCCACAGCAUCUCCCUUCCCCCACCCACAGCAUCUCCCAUCCCCCUCUCACAGCUCCUCCCUUCCCCCUCUCACAGCUCCUCCCUUCCCCCACCCACAUCAUCUCCCUUCCCCCUAUCACAGCUCCUCCCUUCCCCCUCUCACAGCUCCUCCCUUCCCCCACCCACAGCAUCUCCCUUCCCCCACCCACAGCAUCUCCCUUCCCCCUCUCACAGCUCCUCCCUUCCCCAUCUCACAGCAUCUCCCUUCCCCCACCCACAGCAUCUCCCUUCCCCCUAUCACAGCUCCUCCCUUCCCCCUCUCACAGCUCCUCCCUUCCCCCACCCACAGCAUCUCCCUUCCCCCACCCACAGCAUCUCCCUUCCCCCUCUCACAGCUCCUCCCUUCCCCAUCUCACAGCAUCUCCCUUCCCCCACCCACAGCAUCUCCCUUCCCCCUAUCACAGCUCCUCCCUUCCCCCUCUCACAGCUCCUCCCUUCCCCCACCCACAGCAUCUCCCUUCCCCCUCUCACAGCAUCUCCCUUCCCCCACCCACAGCAUCUCCCUUCCCCCUCUCACAGCUCCUCCCUUCCCCCUCUCACAGCUCCUCCCUUCCCCCACCCACAUCAUCUCCCUUCCCCCUAUCACAGCUCCUCCCUUCCCCCUCUCACAUCUCCUACCUUCCCCCACCCACAGCAUCUCCCUUCCCCCUAUCACAGCUCCUCCCUUCCCCCUAUCACAGCUCCUCCCUUCCCCCUCUCACAGCUCAUACCUUCCCCCACCCACAGCAUCUCCCUUCCCCCUAUCACAGCUCCUCCCUUCCCCCUCUCACAGCUCCUCCCUUCCCCCACCCACAUCAUCUCCCUUCCCCCUAUCACAGCUCCUCCCUUCCCCCUCUCACAGCUCCUCCCUUCCCCCUCUCACAGCUCAUACCUUCCCCCACCCACAGCAUCUCCCUUCCCCCUAUCACAGCUCCUCCCUUCCCCCUCUCACAGCUCCUCCCUUCCCCCACCCACAUCAUCUCCCUUCCCCCUCUCACAGCUCCUCCCUUCCCCCUCUCACAGCUCCUACCUUCCCCCACCCACAGCAUCUCCCUUCCCCCACCCACAGCAUCUCCCUUCCCCCUAUCACAUCUCCUACCUUCCCCCUCUCACAGCUCCUCCCUUCCCCCACCCACAUCAUCUCCCUUCCCCCUAUCACAGCUCCUCCCUUCCCCCUCUCACAGCUCCUCCCUUCCCCCACCCACAGCAUCUCCCUUCCCCCACCCACAGCAUCUCCCUUCCCCCUCUCACAGCUCCUCCCUUCCCCAUCUCACAGCAUCUCCCUUCCCCCACCCACAGCAUCUCCCUUCCCCCUAUCACAGCUCCUCCCUUCCCCCUCUCACAGCUCCUCCCUUCCCCCACCCACAGCAUCUCCCUUCCCCCUCUCACAGCUCCUCCCUUCCCCCACCCACAUCAUCUCCCUUCCCCCUCUCACAGCUCCUCCCUUCCCCCUCUCACAGCUCCUACCUUCCCCCACCCACAGCAUCUCCCUUCCCCCACCCACAGCAUCUCCCUUCCCCCUAUCACAGCUCCUACCUUCCCCCUCUCACAGCUCCUCCCUUCCCCCACCCACAUCAUCUCCCUUCCCCCUAUCACAGCUCCUCCCUUCCCCCUCUCACAGCUCCUCCCUUCCCCCACCCACAGCAUCUCCCUUCCCCCACCCACAGCAUCUCCCUUCCCCCUCUCACAGCUCCUCCCUUCCCCAUCUCACAGCAUCUCCCUUCCCCCACCCACAGCAUCUCCCUUCCCCCUAUCACAGCUCCUCCCUUCCCCCUCUCACAGCUCCUCCCUUCCCCCACCCACAUCAUCUCCCUUCCCCCUAUCACAGCUCCUCCCUUCCCCCUCUCACAGCUCCUACCUUCCCCCACCCACAGCAUCUCCCUUCCCCCACCCACAGCAUCUCCCUUCCCCCUCUCACAGCUCCUCCCUUCCCCCUCUCACAGCUCCUCCCUUCCCCCACCCACAUCAUCUCCCUUCCCCCUAUCACAGCUCCUCCCUUCCCCCUCUCACAGCUCCUCCCUUCCCCCACCCACAGCAUCUCCCUUCCCCCACCCACAGCAUCUCCCUUCCCCCUCUCACAGCUCCUCCCUUCCCCAUCUCACAGCAUCUCCCUUCCCCCACCCACAGCAUCUCCCUUCCCCCUAUCACAGCUCCUCCCUUCCCCCUCUCACAGCUCCUCCCUUCCCCCACCCACAUCAUCUCCCUUCCCCCUAUCACAGCUCCUCCCUUCCCCCUCUCACAGCUCCUACCUUCCCCCACCCACAGCAUCUCCCUUCCCCCACCCACAGCAUCUCCCUUCCCCCUCUCACAGCUCCUCCCUUCCCCCUCUCACAGCUCCUCCCUUCCCCCACCCACAUCAUCUCCCUUCCCCCUCUCACAGCUCCUCACUUCCCACACACAGCAUCUCCAUUCCCCAUAUCACAGAUCGUCCCUUCCCCCUCUCACAGCUCCUCCCUUCCCCCACCCACAGCAGCUCCCUUCCCCCUCUCGCACCUCCUACCUUCCCCCUCUCGCUGCUCCUCCCUUCCCCGUUCCGCCUCUCAUUCCGCAUCUCAAGCCGCCUCUCCUUCCGCCUCUCAUUCCGCCCCUCCUUCCGCAUCUCACUCCGCCUCUCGCGUCGCCUCUCAUUCCGGGUUUCUUUCCGCCCCUCAUUACGCCUCUCAUUACGCCUCUCAUUACGCCUAUCUAUUCGCCUCAUCCCGCCUCUCAAUCCGCCUCUCAUCCCGCCUCUCACGCCGCCUCUCGUUCCGCCUCUCGUUCCGCCUCUCAUUCCGCCUCUCGUUCCGCCUCUUUUUCCGCCUCUCAUUCCGCCUCACAUUCCGCCUCUUAUUCCGCCUAUAA